CGAGGGGCUCGGGCGCGGGGGGUGGGGGGACGCGGAGCGAUGGCCCGCGCCGGCUGCUGGGGCGGAUAAGACCCCCCGUCGCGCCGCGGGUGUGGGCCGGAGGGAGGAGACGGUGCCUGAGCGCCACAGGAGUAUGACGGGGCUGUACGAGCUGGUGUGGCGGGUGCUGCACGCGCUGCUCUGCCUGCACCGCACGCUCACCUCCUGGCUCCGCGUUCGCUUCGGCACCUGGAACUGGAUCUGGCGGCGCUGCUGUCGCGCCGCCUCCGCCGCGGUCCUAGCGCCGUUCGUCUUUACUCUCCGCAAGCCCCCGGCCGUCGGCAGGAACCGGCGUCAUCACCGGCACCAGCACGGGGGACCGGGACCGGGACCGGCCGCCACCCACCCCCGGCUGCGCUGGCGCGCGGAGGGCCGGUCCCUGCAGAAGCUGCCGGUGCACAUGGGCCUGGUGAUCACCGAGGAAGUGCAGGAGCCCAGCUUCUCCGACAUCGCCAGCCUCGUGGUGUGGUGUAUGGCCGUGGGGAUCUCCUACAUUAGCGUCUACGACCACCAAGGUAUUUUCAAGAGAAAUAAUUCCAGAUUGAUGGAUGAAAUUUUAAAACAGCAACAGGAACUUUUGGGCCAAGAUUGUUCCAAAUACUCACCAGAGUUUGCAAAUAGUAAUGACAAAGACGAUCAAGUUUUAAAUUGCCCUUCGGCAGUGAAGGUGCUGUCCCCAGAAGAUGGAAAAGCGGAUAUUUUGAGAGCUGCCCAGGACUUUUGCCAGUUAGUAGCCCAGCAGCAGAGGAAGCCCACAGAUCUGGAUGUAGAUCUGCUAGACAGCUUGCUUAGUUCACAUGGCUUCCCUGAUCCUGACUUAGUGUUGAAGUUUGGUCCUGUGGACAGCACAUUAGGCUUUCUUCCCUGGCAAAUCAGAUUGACUGAGAUCGUCUCUUUGCCUUCUCACCUAAGCAUCAGCUAUGAGGACUUUUUCUCCGCCCUUCGGCAGUACGCAGCUUGUGAACAGCGUCUGGGAAAGUGAUGGUUUCUGGUUGCAUAAUUUGACUUCAGGCUUUUGGAGAAAAGGACCCAAGUGACACUGAUGUUUACAAAGUACCUAUAAAACCCUGUACACACCUAGUUCAUAUUCCUCAUAAUUUAUCAACAAACACAAAAAAGUGUCUUACUUGAGAGCGAGUGAGUGCGAGCGAGUGUGCGUGCGUAUGUCUGUGUCUAUGUGUGUGUGUGCGUGUGCGCGUGGGUGUGUAUGGAAAUAAAUUUAUAAAUGGGGCACAUUGGAGAAUGGAGAACACGGAGUGGAGUUGAAGCAAGUAGCAGCAGUGUGUCUCAGGACCUGAGGUUCAGGCUUCGAGCCUUCAGUUCCUGCUACUCCCCUGUUUGUCUGGGGAGUAGGCGUGAGUAGGACUGAUUUAGUUGUCUGUGGUGGGUGGGGAUAAUUUUUGUUCAGCCUUUUUUUAGUGACCAAACUUUAAUUUUUAAGAAUAAUAUAUUGACUUACUAAGGGGAAAUAUUCUCAUUUUGAGUGACACUCAGAGGCUCCGGAUGGUCACAUUUGCCUGCCUGCCUGCCAAGCAGAGCCCUCAGAUUUCCGUCCAUUUCAUUUCUUCAUUAGAGUAAACAGUGUGACUUGAGAGGAUUAGUCUGCUGUCUGUUCUGGGCUAUAGAGAUCAUUUGAAAAAAAAAAUUCUUACAAUAUUUGAUGUAUGGAACAUAAAAUGUUUAAAUAUUGAAUUAGGCACUCAAAACCCAACAAGGUGAAUAAAUAAUCAUCUUAAAGAUGGAAAACCUCUUAAAGUACAGUUUUGAUCUCCUUCUUUGUGUGAAGAUGCUGGAUAGUACCCAAACCAUCUUAAAAAUGUUUCCAUUAGCUUAUUUAAAAAUAACCAUCCGAGAGAAGUUACCAAGGCAGCUCUUGUCCUCAGAAGUAACCUGCCCCUCUUGAGCGGCACCUGGGAUUUUCUUCUCCCAGUCAACCUCAGUGACAGCGGCUACUGAUUAAGUAGGAUGGAGGCCUGUAUUACCAAAGUCUGUAAGCAGAAUUGACCUUGGGCUUCUGUGUUCUAGAGAACAGGACUGCUUCUGACUGAAUUGAAUUCUUGAUAAAUGGUUAAUGAUUUUUUACCACACUGUUAAUCUUUGGAUGGAAACCAUUCUUUAUACUUGAUGGACAGUUUUCAGAAAACUUUUACCAACAGGUGUACAAGAGUCAUGUACAUUUAGAAUAGAGCAGGUUACAUAUAGGCCUCAGAAAUCUGAAAAAAGAAAGCUAAGAAAAUGGGUUUGGGACGAAUGGUUUGGAAUUGCUUGUCAGACUCUGAAGAAGAUAUGUUUCAGCUUUGGAUUACAAACCCCAUUUAUGAUUUUUAAAUAUACUUGAAAUAAAACAAUUAAAAUGAA